AUGCCUCUUGUUAUUCGUCUUGAUUUUUCUAUAUUAAAUUGGUUUGAUGCUUUUGAUAAUUUCGGCAUAUUAAAAACUGAUAAAUCACCUACAGAUCUUGAACAUGUAGCAAUUCAAUUAGAAUCUAUGUUACCAAGAUCUGCAAAAUAUCAUAUUUGGCGUUUAAAUGUUGAAAAUAUCUCUUUGAAUUUUACGCCAUCAUCAUCAUCAGAUUCAAUUCAUUUAGCAAAACAAAACAUGACUGAUACUUUAUCCAUGAUAGAUUCUUGGUUAAAUACUCUUUAUGUUCUUGAAACUUCAUCUAUGUUAAAAAUUUCUCAAAAACAAUAUACAUUUAUUAUACAUUCAGUCGAUGAAUUCGGACUCUUUUUUGAUGUACUUGAACGAAAUGAAA